UUAUUUGUCUCUUUACCAGCAAUCUGAAGAGAUAACAUCACCAAAUAACGGUUUCCUUCCUUCUGUGUGUGUGUUUGGCUAACUCCCAUACAUGCCGGAAACUUAAAGCUCGAGCCGAGCCAUGCUGAUGAUUCCCUCUUCUCUCUCUUUUAAACCCUCUCCCUUACUAAGGAUUCAUUUGAAUCAGAAUAACCAAAUAAUACAAUGCUGCUCGCGUCAUGACUCGAGACAUCACAGAACUGGGGAAAGGAGCCAUGGCUUAUCACAUUACGAAGAGAAUUUGAGUCGGAGGCUUCUCCUAUUUCUUUCGGUCACAACUAGCUUGUUUCCAAAUUUAUCUUCUUCUGCAAAGACAAAGAGUAAAAGUCCAUUUGAUGAAAGGCGCUUACUUGAACAAAACAAGCGCAUACAGAAAGAAAAUAAUGCACCCGAAGACUUUCCAAGUUUCAUUAGAGAAGGUUUUCAGGUUCAGGUAAUAACGCCACCAAACUACAUCACAAGAGACUCGGGGCUUAUAUUUCGGGAUUUUGUAGUUGGUGAAGGUGAUUGCCCAGAGGCUGGUCAGCAGGUGAUGUUCCACUAUAUUGGAUACAACGAGUCAGGCCGGCGUAUUGACAGCAGUUACACGCAGGGUUCUCCGGCCAGAAUCCGCAUGGGCACAAAUGCAUUGGUCCCAGGAUUUGAAGAAGGAAUUCGUGACAUGAAACCUGGAGGGAAAAGAAGAAUAAUCAUUCCACCAGAACUUGGACCACCGGUCGGACCAUCCACCUUCUUCAGCUCGAAACAGUUUGAAGUUUUUGAUGUGGAACUACUAAGCAUUCAGAACUGUCAAAGGAGGACAGUCCUAGCUUUCUACUCCGAUUUUGUAUGCCAAUAAAUUAUGAAGCGAGGCAACAUUUUUACCGUUGUAUGGACGCAUCUCCAAUCCAUGAAACGCAGUCUGCGGCUGAUGCUUUGGUUCUUACUGUGAAUAAAUUCCGAAUUUGGUCCUUGGAGUUCGGGGUUUCGCUGAUGUAGUUUGGAAAACGAAGAUCAUGUAACUAAAAUUCAUUAAGAAUAGUUAUGCUACUAUUUACCAA